GCUUCUUUGCCAAGGAUAGUGUGAAGGCUAAGCAACGAGAAAGGGCUCAUUUCCAAAGUGACAUCAAGAGAAACAAUUUCUGGCUUUUUCUUCCCUACUCCAUCUACCCUUUCAGGUUGAAGGAAGAUGGCUAAAAGAUAUCAGGGAUGUGCAGUGGGAAUCGACCUCGGUACAACUUAUUCAUGUGUUGCUGUGUGGCAGGAAGAGCACCAAAGAGCUGAGAUCAUCCACAAUGACCAAGGCAAUCGAACAACACCUUCAUGUGUUGCUUUCACUGAUAAGCAGAGGUUGAUUGGUGAUGCUGCUAAGAACCAAGCUGCUUCCAAUCCAACUAACACUAUCUUUGAUGCUAAAAGGUUGAUUGGUAGAAAAUAUAGUGACUCCAUUAUCAAGAAUGACAUGAUGCUCUGGCCAUUUAAAGUCAUUCCUGGUGUUGAUGACAAACCAAUGAUUGUUGUUACAUAUAAGGGCCAGGAGAAGCGUCUUUGUGCAGAAGAAAUUUCAUCUAUGGUUCUAACAAAAAUGCGUGACAUUGCAGAGGCCUAUUUGGAAAGUCCAGUCAAUAAUGCAGUAAUUACUGUGCCUGCUUAUUUCAGUGACUCUCAACGUAAAGCCACAAAAGAUGCAGGUGCCAUUGCAGGCCUCAAUGUCAUGAGAAUUAUCAAUGAACCUACGGCUGCAGCAUUUGCAUAUGGCCUGGACAAGCUAGCUGAUUGUAAAGAAGAACGAAAUAUUUUCAUCUUUGACCUCGGUGGUGGUACUUUUGAUGUGUCUCUGCUUACCAUUAAAGAUAAGGUCUUUGAAGUUAAGGCUACUGCAGGAAAUACUCACCUUGGCGGAGAAGACUUUGAUAACAGGAUGGUGAAUUACUUCGUAGAAGAGUUCAAAAGGAAGAACAAUGUGGAUAUUAGUGGGAAUUCAAAAGCCUUGAGAAGGUUGAGAAGUGCAUGCGAAAGGGCAAAAAGGACACUCUCAUUUGCUUUUGAUACUGUUAUUGAAAUUGAUGCUUUAUAUCAAGGCAUUGACCUUUAUUCAUCACUCAGCCGUGCCAAGUUUGAGGAACUAAACAUGGAACUCUUUAGAAAUUGUAUGGAAACAGUAGAUAAGUGUCUCAUUGAUGCUAAGAUAGACAGGUCUUGUAUACAUGAUGUUGUUCUUGUUGGCGGCUCAUCUAGGAUUCCCAAAGUGCAGCAGCUAUUGCAGGAAUUCUUCAGAGGUAAGGAUCUUUGCAAGAGUAUCAACCCAGAUGAAGCUGUUGCUUAUGGGGCAGCAGUUCAGGCUGCUUUAUUGACUGAAGACAUCAAGAAAGCUCCAGAACUGGUUCUACUGGAUGUUACACCCUUAUCACUUGGUAUUGGGACAACACCUGGGGACCUCAUGGAUGUAGUGAUUCCUAGGAAUACUACCAUACCUAAAAAGAUGACAAAAAGAUACACCACACCUGAAGAUAACAUGACCAGUGUUUGUAUUAAUGUUUAUGAGGGUGAGAGGACAAGAGCCAAAGAUAACAACUUGCUUGGUUGGUUUAAACUUUCUGGUCUUCCUCAUGCUCCUCGUGGCCAUCCUCUAUAUGUAUGCUUUGAUAUAGAUGCUGAUGGUAUCCUAAAUGUAUCUGCCUGGGAAGAAACUAAUUGUUGUAGGAAUGAAAUUACCAUAACCAAUGACAAUGAAAGACUAUCAGCUAAGGAAAUUCAAAGACUAAUUGAGGAAGCUGAGAAUUACAAGGUUGAAGAUGCAAAUUUCCUUGAGAAGGCUAAUGCAUUGAGUGAUUUGGAUCGUUAUGUUUACAAGAUGGAAAAAGCUCUAAAGGAUAAAGAUAUCUGCUCUAAGCUUUGCCCUCUGGACAAGGAGAAGAUAGAGUCUGCAAUUGCUAAGGCCAGAAAUCUGCUUGUUGGUGAUAACCAGCAGCGAGAAAUCAAAGAGUUUGAGAAUUUCCUGAAGGGCAUCUUUGAACCCAUCAUGGCCAAGACUAAAUAGUCCUCCAUGCAUCUCUCCUUGUUAAGAUUGCAUAUGGAAGUGACAUUUUGAAUGAGAUGCAAAUCUUAUGACUCACAUUAUCUUAAGAUGUUAUCUUCAAUCAACAAGUUGUUAUGCUUGUAGAUAGUCUCUCUUGAAUCUUUUCUUUUUUGUCACUGUGUUUUUGGAGUGCAGUUCUAAUAUUUUGGUAAGUGCAACUAUGUGUGACCAAGUUAUAUUGAAAUGGUUAAAUAGUUGUUUGGUUUUAUUUUU